AUGACGAAUACGAUGGGAGUACCUCAAGGUUCGUGUUUGUCAAAUACCCUCUUCAGCCUGUUACUCAACGAUCUGCCGAGUGUCAUACACGAAGCGGAAAUAUACAUGUAUGCUGACGACGUAGCCGCCGUAGUUACUGCGCCAACAGCUCACGAGCUCGAGCAGAGAUUAAAUUCAGUGGUCCUACAACUAGAGAGGUGGUUCAAAGUAAAUGGAUUGGUGCUAAACAAGGAAAAAACGAUGUUUCUCGUAUUCCAACUGAAUGGUAAGGCAGCGCCACCACUCCAGGUCACUGCUGGCCAGCAACAUGUGCUGCAGAUGGCCCUUACAACAAAGCUUUUAGGCUUUAAUAUCGAUAGUGGCCUAAAGUGGGAUCACCACAUUGAAGAGCUCUGCUCCAAAUUGGGACGGGCAUGUUUCGCGCUCCGUCGUCUGGCAAGCACAGCAUCCCGAGAUGUGGUGUUGUCGUGCUACUAUGCGACUGUCCACAGUCUCCUCACCUAUGGCGUGGAACUGUGGGCACGAGCCGCCGAUGCUGGGCGAGCUUUCAGAAUGCAGAAGAGGGCGGUUCGCGCCAUUGCCGGUGUGCCCGACGACGUGUCGUGCAGAGAGUUAUUUAAGGAAUCUCUUCACACACAACCACUUGGGUACUUUCAGUCGACGUGGCGUGAACCCAGCCCAUGA